AUGAAUGAAACUCUUGAUUUCUCUUAUAUUCCUGAUUUAUUAAAAGAAUCAUCUGUUGUAGCAAUUCAGAUUUUCUUUUUCAUCUCGUACUUGACUCUUCCAUUUUAUAUUUACGUGCACAAUUUGAAUCGAUCAAAAGAAAAGGACUUACCGUUUGUUCAACUCUUUUACAAAAUUGUAAAAUGGUCGUAUUGGUUCUGUUCGACCGCAGUAUUGAUGAUUACUCUAAUGAUGCUUCUGUAUGCCAGCUUGAGCGACAAUUAUAUUUUAGUAAAAAAAAUUGGCAUUUUGAUCAUGUUCAUUUUCUUUAUGACUUCGAUAUUUAUCUUUCACAUUUUACAACAAACAAUCCAUUUACUAUUGUUUUUAUUGGCAAUUAUAAAUUCUCUGAAAUACCAUUUGCCUAUUCAUUUCGCGUUUAAGUCCCAGGAUUUCAUACGGAAGUAUAUCACACCUCUUAACGUGUUUUUCAUUUCACUGGAUGCUGCAGCGUUUAUGUUGCAUUUCCUUCGUCAGUACUGCCUUCUAAGUACAGAAAAAGUUCAAAUUUUCAUAGCGUGCAAUGAGGUAUUAUAUAUGUUUUUGAACGUUGUAAUAUCGUUUCUAACUCCAUUUAUCUACAUUCCAAUUAUGAUUGAUAUAAGGAAAAAUAGACAUCUUCACUCCCCACAACACAUGUUUCUACACAAUUACAUAUUUUUUCAGAGCUUUCUAGUGGUAUUAUUUAAACUGAUCAUUCUACCCUUUUGUUUUGAAACUGGAAACUCUUCUAUUGAAUUUUUUAUAAUGAUGCUGAAAGUAGCUAUAGGAGAUGUUCUAACUGCACCUCUGAUAAUUCAACUGUCAUAUUUGAAAUGUAAUAUACACGAACUAAUAGUUCUAAAUAAGACAUUUGAUCUCUACAAAUUUGUGAAAGUUAUACUUGGCAAAACGGAGAACUCUGUACAUCCCAGUGAGGCUCCUGUUGUAUUUUCAAUUACCUAA